CAAAAAUUUCAUUAGUAUCGUUCUGGGCACGUAAACAUUUACGAAAAAUCGGUGGAAUUUUCCUCUAGGAAACCUCGAAAAAAAGUGCUAAUCGAUCCAUUGCCUUGGAUGUGCCCCGAUCAAACCAACUGCCAACCGUGAGAGGAGGAGAGUGUCGUCAUCGUCGUUGCUCCCGCCCAGUAUGCAGAAAAUGCAUCUCUCCCAGGAUGUGUCGAGUGCGCUGCAGCAGCUCGAGAUCAUCAAGCAAACGGUGGAGGAAAUGGAACCGAACAAGCUGCAGCUGAACGUGAUGGACGAUCUGAAGAUGAUUCUGGAUCUGCUGCAGGAUCCGGUCUUUCGGAACAUCGUCCAGAUUCAGGAUUCGCUGGCCGAGCUCAACAACCAGAUCACGCAGCAUCCGUCGAUCCUUCCGGGGGAUUUCGAUAUAGCCAACAGUGGGGAACUGGUGUUGAAUGUUCCUCCGGUGUCGGAUCUGUUCGAUGCAGAGUAUCCGGACGAGCAGCGAGUCCCGUCGGCACAGAUAUCGCCGGGUAGUCCCGCUCCACCGCAAUUACAGCAACAUCAGCAGAAGCUGAAUUUGGUGGAACAUCCGGCGCAGGUCCCGCAACAGCCAUUACCGCCAUUGCCAGCACAACUACAGCAUGCAGCGCUCAUGAUGAAUAAUGAGCUGAUGGAUAGCGGAGUUGUUGAGGACCAUCUCAAACUGGACUCUCAGGACGAGUCGGAUCUGUUGCAAGGUUUGCAUGACUCCUCAAAGUCAUCGGGAGGCGAUAUUGCUGCCGAGUGGUCUCGAAUUCUGGAUAUUGAGUUGGUCAACGAUGGAACUGGUCUUGGAUUCGGUAUCAUCGGAGCUCGUGCCACCGGAGUAACCGUGAAGACAAUCCUCGCGGGAGGGGUAGCUGAUCGGGAUGGGAGGCUGCAAUCCGGAGAUCAGAUUCUGCAGAUUGGGGAUGUCAAUUUGCACGAGAUGGUAUCGGAGCAGGUGGCUUCGGUUCUGAGACAAUCCGGAACGCAUGUCCAGCUGGUUGUGGCUCGUCCGAUCGAUGCCAGCGAGGAAACUAUUGAGGAGUAUGAGAACUCUGCAAUCGUGCCAACUGUGCUGCUUGCUAAUCCGCUCAAGCUGAAGCAAUAUUUGGCGGAUUCAGGUUAUCCGGAAAUCUUCAGCGUUUAUUCGAUUGCAAAUUUGGAAAAGGAUAGCUUCGAUAAGGACAGUCCGAUCGAUUUCCCAGAGACGGAAAUCUUCACGGUGGAGCUGAGGAAGGAUCAGAACGGGUUGGGGAUAACCAUCGCUGGAUACGUUUGUGAGAAGGAGGAGUUGUCGGGGAUUUUCGUCAAGAGCGUUUCCCCUGGAAGUGCCGCUGAUUUGAGCGGAAAGAUCCAGGUAAACGAUCGGAUCAUUGAAGUUGACGGUCAAUCACUGCAUGGCUUCUCGAAUCACCAGGCAGUUGAUGUUUUGAAGCAAAGUGGCCAUGUAGUGACUCUCUGCUUGGAACGCUACCUGCGUGGACCAAAGUACGACCAACUUCAGCAAGCCAUCGCUGCCAAUGAAAUGAAACCACCUACCCCGGCCACUCCACCUCCAGUUCUGCCUCAAGCCGACCUAUCCAAAUAUGGCAAUAACAUCUUGGACAUUCUUCCGCGAACCAUUGACAAACGAUCCCCAGAAGGGAAACUGUUCAACAAUUUCAACGACGAAGAAAGCAACCUAAUGAUGAUGGCCGAACCGGAUCAGCAAAUCGAAACCAUGAUGGCCCACAAAAAGCUCGCCCGUGCCAAGGACUCGAUGGACAAUCACGAGUACCGCGAAAAGAUCAAGGAAGCUUCCAUUAUUCCACCCCCGAGCGAUGCCGAUUUGGAUAUGCUGCUGGCGGAGACUACCAACCAGGCGGCCCUCGUCAAGCAUGGCAAGCAGCGGAGCUCGCUGAAGGUCAACGAGGAUACCGAGGCGUUCAUCGUGAAGAAGUGGAACAGCAUCCUGGGGUCGAAUGUGAAGAUUAUCGUUGCCAACAUUAGGAAGUUUGCCGCCUCGAGUGGGUUGGGCAUUUCGCUGGAGGGAACGGUGGACGUUGAAGGAGGCAAGGAGGUACGGCCACAUCACUAUAUUCGGUCGAUUCUGCCGGAGGGACCGGUCGGGCAGAAUGGGUUGCUGUGCUCCGGCGAUGAGCUGCUAGAGGUCAACGGGCAAAGGCUGCUCGGAAUGAACCACCUGGAGGUGGUUUCCAUUCUGAAGGAGCUUCCGCAGGACGUGUGCAUGGUGUGCGGUCGUGGCGAUCAGGAGAUGUUACAGUUCACCGAAGAGGCACUGAUCAACACGCUGGAAGAGGAGGUCGCCAAAAGCCGCGCCAUAGCCGGCGGACUCCAGAGUAGUCUGACUCCAUCGGAGCGGUUGGUUAAGGCCAAGAGUGACGGAAGUCUCGCUACUACCGGUGGAAACAACGAUGGUUUCUCGAAGAUCAAAUCCAGAAGCUUGGAACCGUUGACCGGCUUGGCCAUGUGGAGUUCGGAGCCGCAGAUUAUCGAACUGGUUAAAGGUGAGCGUGGUCUUGGGUUUUCGAUUUUGGACUAUCAGGAUCCGUUGGAUCCGAAUGAUACGUUGAUCGUGAUCCGGUCGCUGGUUCCCGGUGGGGUUGCCCAGCUGGACGGACGGCUGAUUCCGGGCGAUAGGCUGUUGUUUGUGAACGAUACUGUAUUGGAGAACGCCUCGCUGGAUCAAGCGGUCCAAGCGUUGAAGGGAGCCCCGAAGGGUGUGGUUCGGAUUGGUGUUGCGAAACCGUUGCCGAUGCAGGAUUCGUCGAUAACGGCUUUCGAGGGGGAUAAGGGGGAGGCUGCGGGGGCUCUAAGCUAUCACGGAAGCGAUAGCAUUCGCAACUCCAGCGGAAAGAUGUUAUCCAUGAGCAAACCGGAUAUAAUUAUGGAAUGAGAACGUUUAGUCAUAAGCAGAGAUGAAUAUGAACGCUGUUUGCAUCUGUUGAAGCAAUUAUCGGAUCUUUUAAAUUUUAUUGAUUUUGUUAGCUCCAUCGAGAGCGACAGGUAUAUGGUUUAAGUUUGCCUGCUUCGGAACUUGAGCUGAAACUUUCCAGCGAAAUUUUACCUCUAUCCAAAAAGGCAGCCUCUCAAAACGGGGGCUGCUUUCCACCAUCACCGGCGUAAGUGGCGUGCUCACCCCAAAUCCUUACCCGGUUUGCUUAAUUAUGUACUUAAUCGUCCUGGGUUGAUUUACUCCUCAUUCCACGAUCCAUUCCACAAAUCCAUGAGAACACACCCAGACCAGAUCUGUGACGUAUAAUUCUACUGUGUUUUAUUUUCGAAGGCACCUAUCGCUCUGCACUCUCCGGCAGCCAGACACACAGGUUCGUGUGGAUUUUACGUUGUGCAAAUUUCACAGGUAUUUCCUACUCUCAUCGAAUCGUAUCUACACCGAACUCAUUCAUCAUGCAUCACAAACACGCAUUCUUAGUUCGAUUCAUUCAAGUAACAAAAUGAUCAAUUUGAUUUGGUUUGAUUUCAAUUUUCCAACUAUCAUUUGCGCUUUCGAUAAAGCAAGCGAACGAGAAAGAGAGACCGAGAAAACAAAAUCAGUGUAUUCGUUUCUGACUUAUGACGUUAAUUGGAGAACACAAUAUGAAGAAAACAACCAACGCGAAAAGAAAUACGGAAUCUGAGAAUCAAACAAUCAAAGGAAAUUUGUUGAAAUUUGUCCCAAUGCUGAGACCGGCUGAUAGAAGGUCGGUAAAGCUGGAAUUUUGUAGGAAGUGCUGCUGCCACAUGCGGCAGUGGAAUUCAGAGUGUUGAUGUGUAUUUUUUUAUAUUAGAAGAAGGAGGAGAUUAGAACAGAAUGCCUGUUGUCGUC